AACCAUCUUUGCAGCGCUCGCAGUGGCGUCCCUCGUAGUUCCCCUGACAGUCGAGGCAGUGCAGACCCCAGGCGUCCCGGAGGCAGUACCGAGAUCGGCCAUUACAAUCGCAUCGCACCGUCGCUGCAGGAAGAGACAGGAGCAGACUCCCACAGAUUGAAUCUGUGUGAAGAGUGAAGCGUCUCGUUUGGUUUGUGGUUUUAUUCAGAAUCCCAGAUACUCCUGCAGACAAAUCCUUUCUCCACCGAGCCUCGCCCAAGCCAACGCCUCGGCUCCAGGAAACGCCCAAAAAGCUGUGCAGAUGUUUGUUUCAGACAGGUUGCUGCUCGUCCUGCAGGAGCUCCACCGUCAGCUGAUCCAGUAGCGGUGAACCAGGACGGUGAAAGGAGGCUUAGAGGAGAAAAUGAUUCACAGAUCCGCCUGACAGGAGCAAACAGCUGGUUUCUACUGUUUCUCCUUUAUUUCCUUUUCCACCAGUUAACUCCCAGUUACAUUAGUAAGUUAACCACUGGUCUCACUGGAUGAGCUGGGAUUCAGGUUUAGACCAGACUGAGGUGAGUUCAGGUUUAGACCAGUUCAGGUUUAGACCAGACUGAGGUGAGUUCAGGUUUAGACCAGACUGAGGUGAGUUCAGGUUUAGACCAGUUCAGGUUUAGUCCAGACUGAGGUGAGUUCAGGUUUAGACCAGUUCAGGUUUAGACCAGACUGAGGUGACUUCACGUUUAGACCAGACUGAGGUGAGUUCAGGUUUAGACCAGACUGAGGUGAGUUCAGGUUUAGACCAGUUCAGGUUUAGACCAGACUGAGGUGAGUUCAGGUUUAGACCAGACUGAGGUGAGUUCAGGUGUUCUCCAGACUCUGAUUCAGCGGCUGGUUCUCACUGACUCACGCUGUGAUCAGACUUAAUGUUUACCUGAGCGUUGCUGGCAGCGAUGAGCUCAGGUGUUUUGUCUUUUACAGGAAGGUUUCCAACACGUUCGGAGGAUGAGGAGGAUCAAACUGAUUCACUGUUUCAUAACUCUGAAGCUUUUUUUCCUCCCAGAGGGAACAGAAAAUAACAGAGACACACCCAGAAAUAGUCCAACUUCCAUCACAGGUGCUGACAGGAAAUCAUGAUGUCAAAUGUUGAUCUUGGAUUUAACCCUUUAGGCAUUUCAGAAACUCUACUGAACGCUGUUCUAUCAGGAUUUUAUGAGCUUUGACUGGUAUCAUGACUGUGAGCUGAAAACUUUCAGGUUCUUUUGUCUCUUUGUGGUCAUUUUGUCACUUUGUUGUCAUUUUGUGGUCAUUUUGUGUCUCUUUGUGGUCGUUUUGUCACUUUGUUGUAAUUUUGUGUCUCUUUAUGGUCAUUGAGUGUGUCUUUGUUGUUAUUUUGUGUCUCGUUAUGGUCAUUUUGUGUCUCUUUGUUGUCAUGUUGUCUCUGUGGUCAUUUUGUGUCUUUGUUGUCAUUUUGUGUGUCUUUGUUGUUAUUUUGUGUCUCUGUAAGUUAAAUUUGUUUCUCUUUGUGCUAGUUUGGUGUCACUUUACUGUCAUUUUUCUUUCUUCUUGAGGUCUUUUGUGUCUCCUUGUUGUCAUUGUGUCUGUGGUUGUUUUGUGUAUCUUUGUUGUUAUUUUGUGUCUCGUUGUUGUCAUUUUAUGUCUCUUUGUUGUUAUUUUGUCUCUUUAUGGUCAUUUUGUGUCUUUUUGUUGUUAUUUUGUUUCUUUGUGAUCAUUUCAUGUCUCUUUGUUGUCAUUUUAUCCAUUUGUGGUCAUUUUGUUUCUUUUUGUGGUCGUUUUGAGUCUUUUUAAAGACAUAUUGUGUCUGUCAAAUGGUAUUUUUGUGCUCAUUUCACAUCUCUUUUUUGUCAUUUUGUGUUUGUUGUCAUUUUGUGUCUCUUUGUGGAUAUUUUGCUUCAGUUUGUGGUCAUUUUCUGUCCAUUUUAGUCAUUCUGCAUCUCCUCGCAGUUGUUUUGUCUUUGAUUCAGGUUGCUUUGAAUCUCCUUCUGGUGGUUUUAUAUGCUUUUAUGAUGUUUUCGUGCUCAUUUUGCAUCUCUUUGUUGUCAUUUUGUUUCUCUUUGUGGUUUGUGUGUUCUUAACUUUUCUCUUUCGUAGCAGCGUUAAGCUUUGUGAGAGUUGAUUCGACGAGGGAAUCAGUUGGAUUUGGUGAUUUUCUCUUUGUAAUUUUGGAACGUUACUGUGUGAAGCACCUGGAGUUGACACAUCGUUACCUGGCACCUUAUAAAUCAAACUGAACUGAUAUUUUUAUGAUCUGAUUGUGUUUUGACUGUCCUUCAGUCUUAAAGCUUCUCUUCGACUCACAGAUCCAUCACAGCUACUAACUUGUCUCCCUGAGGGGGAGGCGGCUCCCCUGUGGCAGCUCGACUUCACCCACAGGUUAGGAGGAGGACGCUAGGACCUCACCCACAGGUUAGGAGGAGGACGCUAGGACCUCACCCACAGGUUAGGAGGAGGACGCUAGGACCUCACCCACAGGUUAGGAGGAGGACGCUAGGACCUCACCCACAGGUUAGGAGGAGGACGCUAGGACCUCACCCACAGGUGGCCUGGACGGAGCAAACAGCAGCCAGAAGUCCGCAGAGUAAAAUCCAGAUCCUCUUCAUGUUGUGUUGAUCCUGAGUGAUGGAAAAAAUCCUGUCCAGCUCCUCAAAGCACCGGUUUUUAUCUCCUCUCCUGCUGCAGUAUUAGUUCCUCAGCUGCUGAUCUGCGGUUGGAGCUGAGCGGCUGCUUCAGUUUUCCUGCCUUCAGGCUGCGUUUCUUCUUCUUCUUCCUGUUGUGUAAAACUGCAGCCUGCAGGUGUUUAAAGGUUCCACAGAGGAGGAAUCUUCCCCUCCUGUCAGUCCACCAUGGCGGACAUCAAGAACUUCCUGUAUGCCUGGUGUGGGAGAAGGAAGCUGACUCCAAACUACGACAUCCGAGCUGCAGGCAACAAAAACAGGCAGAAGUUCAUGUGUGAGGUCCGGGUCGACGGCUUCAACUACACUGGGAUGGGAAACUCCACCAACAAGAAGGACGCUCAGACCAACGCCGCCAGGGAUUUUGUCAAUUAUCUGGUCCGAGUCGGGGAAAUGAACGCCGCGGACGUCCCAGCUGUCGGGGUGAGCGUUCCAGAGCCUGACCAGCCAGACGGAGGAGGAGGAGGAGGAGGAGGAAAUGGUGAUUUCGGAAACCUCCCAUCCAACGGUCCUUUGCCACCUCACCUUGUCGUGAAAGCUGAGCAAGAGGAGGCUGGCAGCAGUGGGCCGGUUCCAGGGGUGACUGGACUGGGUUACUCAGGAGGAGGCAACUCUGGGUGGGGAGGAGCAGGAGGAGCUCAGUGGGAGCGAGGAGCCAACCUGAAGGAGUACUACGCCAAGAAAGAAGAACAGGAGGCCCAAGCGACUCUGGAGUCGGAGGAGGUGGACCUGAACGCUAACCUUCACGGGAACUGGACCCUGGAGAACGCCAAGGCCCGUCUGAACCAGUUCUUCCAGAAGGAGAAAAGCAGUGCUGAGUAUAAAUACAGCCAAGUGGGACCGGACCACAACAGGAGCUUCAUAGCGGAGAUGCAGCUGUUUGUGAGACAGCUGGGCAGAAGAAUCACGGCCCGAGAGCACGGAUCCAACAAGAAGCUGGCGGCUCAGUCCUGCGCUCUGUCGCUGAUCCGGCAGCUCUAUCACCUGGGAGUCAUCGAGGCGUACUCCGGAGUCACCAAGAAGAAGGAGGGGGAAACUUUGGAGGCGUUUGACGUCAGUGUGUCACCGGACCUUCGGCAGCAACUAUCCAGUGUUGUCCAGGAGCUCGGCGUCCACAUCCCUCCACCCCCUGGCGACCCCAGCAGCCCGGUGUCUCUGGUUCAGGGAAAGAUGGCGACAUUCGAUCCGUCGCAGCGUCAGACUGGAGCCGGCGUCGUCCCCUGGUCUCCUCCUCAGGUCAACUGGAACCCCUGGACCAGCAGCAACAUCGACGAGGGACCGCUGGCCUACUGCACUCCGGAGCAGAUCAGUGGCGAUCUGCACAACGAGCUCAAGUAUCAGCUGAUGAACGACGACAACCUGCAGAAGAUCCUGAUGGAGCGCGAGCAGCUGCCCGUCAAACAGUUUGAGGAGGAGAUCAUGGCGGCCGUGGAGAAGAACCCGGUGGUGAUCAUCAGAGGGGCGACGGGCUGCGGUAAAACCACCCAGGUUCCUCAGUACAUCCUGGACCGCUUCAUCCAGGGCGGCCGGGCGUCGGACUGCAACAUCGUGGUUACCCAGCCCAGGCGGAUCAGCGCCGUGUCCGUGGCCGAGCGAGUCGCCUACGAACGAGGGGAGGAUCUCGGGAAAAGCUGCGGCUACAGCGUCCGUUUUGAGUCCGUCCUGCCCCGACCCCACGCCAGCGUCCUCUUCUGCACUGUCGGCGUUUUGCUGCGGAAGCUGGAAGCAGGAAUCAGAGGCAUCAGUCAUGUAAUCAUUGACGAGAUCCACGAGAGAGACAUCAACACGGACUUCCUCAUGGUCGUCCUCAGAGACGUGGUCAACACCUACCCGGAGGUCCGCGUCAUCCUCAUGUCAGCCACCAUCGACACCACCAUGUUCAGGGAAUACUUCUUCAACUGUCCCGUCAUCGAGGUGUUCGGACGCACCUUCCCCGUCCAAGAGUAUUUCCUGGAGGACUGCAUCCAGAUGACCCACUUCAUCCCUCCACCGAUGGACAGAAAGAAGAAGGACAAAGACGAGGACGGUGGAGACGACGACACGAACUGUAACAUGAUCUGCGGACCGGACUACACGGCGGAGACGAAGAGCUCGAUGGCUCAGAUCAACGAGAAGGAGACGUCGUUCGAGCUGGUGGAGGCUCUGCUGAAGUACAUCGAGACGCUGCAGGUGGCCGGAGCUGUUCUCGUCUUCCUGCCCGGCUGGAACCACAUCUUCUCCAUGCAGCGACACCUGGAGACCAACCCACACUUUGGAAGUAGCCGGUACCGGAUCCUGCCGCUCCACUCCCAGAUCCCCCGAGAGGAGCAGAGGAGGGUGUUUGAACCGGUUCCUGACAACGUCACCAAGGUGAUUCUGUCCACCAACAUCGCAGAGACGAGCAUCACCAUCAACGACGUCGUCUACGUCAUCGACUCCUGCAAGCAGAAAGUGAAGCUCUUCACCUCCCACAACAACAUGACCAACUACGCCAACGUCUGGGCCUCCAAGACCAACCUGGAGCAGAGGAAAGGCCGAGCCGGCAGAGUCCGACCCGGGUUCUGCUUCCACCUCUGCAGCCGAGCUCGAUUCGAGAGGCUGGAGAGUCACAUGACUCCGGAGAUCUUCAGGACUCCGCUGCAUGAAGUCGCUCUGAGCAUCAAGCUGCUGAGACUCGGCGCCAUCGGACACUUCCUGUCCAAAGCCAUCGAGCCGCCGCCGCUGGACGCCGUCAUCGAGGCCGAACACACCCUGAGAGAGCUGGACGCCCUCGACACCAACGAUGAGCUGACCCCUCUGGGCCGGAUUCUGGCCCGGCUGCCCAUCGAGCCUCGGCUGGGGAAGAUGAUGAUCAUGGGCUGCAUCUUCCACGUUGGAGAUGCCAUGUGCACCAUCUCAGCCGCCUCCUGCUUCCCGGAGCCGUUCGUCAACGAGGGGAAACGUCUCGGCUUCGUCCACAGGAACUUCGCCGGCAGCCGUUUCUCGGAUCACGUGGCGCUGCUGUCGGUCUUCCAGGCCUGGGAUGACGUCAGGAUCAACGGCGAGGAGGCGGAAAGUGGCUUCUGCGAACACAAACGCCUCAACAUGGCGACUCUGAGGAUGACCUGGGAGGCCAAAGUCCAGCUGAAGGAGAUCCUGGUCAACGCCGGAUUCCCUGAAGAAUGUUUGCUGACGCAGAUGUUCAACACGGUGGGACCCGACAACAACCUGGACGUGGUGGUUUCUCUGCUGACCUUCGGCUUGUAUCCCAACGUCUGCUACCACAAGGAGAAGAGGAAGAUCCUGACCACCGAGGGGCGCAACGCCCUCAUCCACAAGUCCUCCGUCAACUGUCCCUUCAGCAGCCAGGACAUGACGUACCCGUCGCCAUACUUCGUCUUCAGCGAGAAGAUCCGAACCAGAGCAAUUUCGGCUAAAGGCAUGACUCUGGUCAGCCCUCUGCAGCUGCUGCUGUUUGCCUGCAAGAAGAUCACGUCCGACGGAGAAAUCGUGGAGCUCGACGACUGGAUCAAACUGAGGAUUCCUCACGAGGUGGCGGGAGGCAUCGCGGCUCUGCGGGCCGGACUGGAGGCUCUGGUGGUGGAAGUGACCAAAGACCCCGAAUACAUCAACCAGAUGGACCAAACCAACGAGAGGCUGCUGAACGUCAUCAGACACGUCUCCAAACCUUCAGCGGCUGGACUCAACCUGAUGGUCAACAACCAGAGGAUGGGAGACGGACCUCGACCUCCAAAGAUGGGUCGAUUUGAUGGAGGAGGAGGAGGAGGAUACCGAGGGGGAGGAGGGGGAGGUUACAGAGGAGGAUAUGGAGGAUACAGGGGAGGAGGGGGAGGCUACAGGGGAGGAGGGGGAGGAUACAGGGGAGGAGGGGGAGGCUACAGGGGAGGCGGCGGAUAUGGAGGAGGAGGAGGAUACCGGGGUGGAGGAGGUUACAGAGGAGGAGGGUAUGGAGGAGGAGGAGGAGGCUAUAGAGGGGGAGGAGGAGGAGGAGGAGGAGGAGGAGGAGGGGGAGGAGGAGGAGGAGGGGGAGGAGGAGGGUACCGAGGUGGGGGAGGAGGAUUUGGAGGAGGGGGAGGAUAUGGUGGAGGAGCGGGAGGAGGAGGCUACAGGGGAGGAUAUUAACGUCCAGACAGCCUCCUCCAGUUGUCUUCUUCUUCUUCUACUGUUUAGUGACACCACAAAUCUUCUUCUUCUUUGUUGUAACCGGCAGCUGUUAGAAUCUGUUCCUAUCGAUCAGCGAUCAAUAAAUAAAUCAAUGUGUCAUGUUUCCUCCA